ACAAUAACGAAAAGCUUGCAUAUUGAAAAUUUUGUUCAAAUAUGACUUGAGCAUUAUUUUAGAAAAGAAAAACGUGUGGACUCAGAAGUUCUUGGACCUACAAAACCAGUAAAUCUGAUGCCUUUCUUGUUUAGAAUCAGCUGAUUUUUGUCUUUUUCCAUAUGUUCAUUAUAAAACAAAAGCUAGUGUGUUAAGGUCCAUUUCAAGCGUGCGUUUUGUAUGUUACUCUGAGUCCAUUUAUUCCACAUUACUGGACUUUUAAAAAAAAUGCCACAAGUCAACAAUGUAUCCCAGGAUGUAUUAAUAGAAACAAUGGUUCACGUUCUUAAGGAGAGAAACGUACAAACAUUCAUUAGUUAUGAGAAGUUUCUUCCCAAUAUUUUAUAUCAUACAGCGUUUCGCGGAGUUUCUGAUAUUCAAAAAAGACAAGUGUUUCAAGCUGCACGACGGCGGAUUUUAGAUCAAACAAGUGCAGGAAAAUGUGCUAGAGCAGCACAGGCUUUUCAAAAUUUUCGCUUAUUUUUUGAGAAAUGUCUUGCUGAAAACCUUCUUCCCGUAGACGUUUUCUCCGUACAAGUUCAUGAUCGACUGGCGAAUUCACCGGAAUUCAAUCAUCCUGACCUCAAUUCAACGGAACGAGAUGUUUUUGUUAAAGAAAGUCUACAAAACUAUGUAGUAGAGCGCAGGCGAGCAGAAGAAGAAAAGGAGACUUCAUUCAUCAAAAAAGUUACUAACGUGCUACAAGAUUUAAGUCAAACGAGGUCUUUGAGCGAUAUUUCUAUUUUUGAAAUAAAAAAUUCAUUACGACAAGACAAGGAUUAUUAUGAUUUUGGUGGAACUACACGGCGCCAUGAAAAAAUCGUUCAAAUACUAAAAGAUCAAUGUAACUCUUCUUUUUCUUCUUCCUUACUUGUUCGCAAUACAGGGAUCAAAAAGGCCAAAAAAGAAAUUACUGCUUGUCCUGAUUUCUUAAUGAAAUGUCGUUCUCAAAUGGAAAAGGAACAAACCAAAAAAUUAUUUUAUUCUCUUCUAGUAGAACGUAUAAAAAAUCCUUUUCUAUUAAAGGAUUUCAAAGAGGCUACAGAUGUUUAUUUAUCUUAUGAUGAACGCCUCAAAACAAUUGACAGCAUUUUAACAAAGGAAGAAGAAGAACAAGUCUACGACGCUUUUAAAAAGACAUUAAGAAAAGAACGUUUGGAGAUGUUACGUAAAGAUUUGAAAAAAAAUACGCAAAUAAAUACUCCUAAUUUAAGCUUUGAAAAGGUUUUUGAUUUACUACACUGGGGAUCAGAUAAGAGAUACCGAGGUUUAUGCAUAAAGGAUUUCCAGAUUUGUUUUAUAGAAUGGAAGCAGGAUUUACUUAAUGAAUGUAUAGAAUCGUUUGAGAAAUACUUAAAAACCAGUACUGAACUCACGUCCCGCAUUGAUGAAACAGGUGAAGAAUUUCUACAACUUAUGGACCGCUUAUCAACAGAUCAACGGUAUACUCGCUUAGACAAUUUCGCACAACUUCGUGAGGAACUUGUUAAAAAACGUUUAAAUGAAAUAAAAAAUGAAGCUAGUCGUUUAUACGCUUAAUCAACAUCAGUUGAUACACUUCAUUUUUUCGGAAUUCCCUAAACUGCAGAUUGCUGCUAAAGUAACAAGACUAGUGUUUGAAACGUUUAAAACUUCAAAUGGUUUAGCAUUUUCGAAAAAUCAUCCUACACGUUAUUAUACCAAGAUGUUCUAAACUUGUUUAAGAAAUACCAAACGCAACUUACGAAAUCGACACAACCA